UUCUAUCAGGGCAGCCGAUCUUCCAGCCUGGAGAGCCGUGGCUUUGCUCUGAGCAGGGUGAGGGCUGACUGUCCUCCAUGUUUUAACAAGCAUUGACCAAACACACUGAGUUUGUUAGCCAUGCAUCCACAGAGUGUGGCUGAGGAGGAGGUGAAGACUGAGUCGGAUGCUGUGGAGGGGAUGGAGAUUUCAACAAGAUCCAAAGUUUCAGACCCUGGGUCAGCAGAGCGGCCAGCCCAGAAACGUAAAGUCUCCAACAGCCCCCCUCACUCAUCCAACGGCCACUCCCCAGCUGAGACCUCUCCCAGCCCCAUGAAAAAGAAAAGAAAACCUGGAGCAGUCAGCAGCAGCAAAGACCAGUCAGAGCUAAGACAUGGUCCCUUUUACUAUGUGAAGCAGCCAGCACUCACCACAGACCCUGUUGAUGUUGUACCGCAGGACGGCAGGAAUGAUUUCUACUGCUGGCUGUGCCACCGCGAGGGCCAGGUGCUCUGCUGUGAGCUCUGCCCCAGGGUGUACCACGCCAAGUGCCUCAAAUUGCCAGCUGAGCCAGAAGGCGACUGGUUCUGCCCAGAGUGUGAGAAAAUAACAGUUGCAGAGUGCAUAGAGACUCAGAGUAAAGCCAUGAUGAUGCUCACUAUAGAACAACUGUCUUACCUGCUGAAGUUUGCCCUCCAGAAGAUGAAACAGCCAGGUGACCAACCCCGUUCGUCAUCUCACUCCCCCCAUGCAGCCGCCACGCAGAGAAAGGCUUUUAAUUGGACGGAGCCCUUUCAGAAACCUGUGUCUCUUGAACAACAUCCAGACUAUGCUGAGUACAUAUUCCACCCAAUGGACCUGUGCACAUUAGAGAGGAACAUAAAGAAGAAAAUGUACGGUUGCACAGAGGCCUUUUUGGCAGAUGUAAAAUGGAUUUUACAUAACUGUAUAAUAUAUAAUGGAGGCAAUCACAAGCUUACAGCCACGGCUAAAGUCAUAGUGAAAAUCUGCGAACAUGAGAUGAAUGAAAUCGAGGUGUGUCCUGAGUGCUAUCUCUCAGCUUGUCAGAAGAGAGAAAACUGGUUCUGUGAGCCAUGUAGUAAUCCACAUCCACUGGUAUGGGCCAAGCUGAAGGGAUUUCCUUUCUGGCCAGCCAAAGCUCUGCGUGACAAAGAUGGCCAAGUGGAUGCUCGCUUCUUUGGGCAACAUGACAGGGCGUGGGUCCCGUUAAACAACUGCUAUCUCAUGUCCAAAGAAAUCCCCUUCUCUGUCAAGAAGACCAAGAGUAUUUUCAACAGUGCGAUGCAAGAGAUGGAAGUCUACGUGGAGAACAUGAGGAGGAAGUUUGGAGUCUUCAACUAUGCCCUCUUCAGGACACCUUAUACCCCCGACAACCAGUACCAGAUGCUCCUAGACACGGGCAACCCCUCAUCUGGCUCCAUCCGACCAGAGAAGCAGGAGAAGAUUAAGUUCAGCUUUGACAUGACUGCAUCCCCCAAGAUGCCCUUGGCCAGGAGUAUGAUGUCAGUGGCAGGGAUGGGAGGAAGUUCUGGGCGGAGGAUAUCUCUGACGGACAUGCCCCGUUCCCCUAUGAGCACCAACUCCUCUGCUCACACAGGCUCUGAUGGGGAGCAGGACACACCAGAGAAAGGUCAGGCUAAAGCAGCCAGCAGCCACUUCAGCGCGGGGGAGGAGUCCAUGGACUGUACAGCAUCCCCUGCUUCAACUCGGCAUGCUGCCACAGGCAGUGCUAUGGACAGCCCUAAACCCUUACAUUCUCAGGGCCCUUCCCUGCCAAUCACCCCUAAACAGGAAAAGACUGUUACCACAGGAAGUAUACUCAACCUCAACCUGGAUCGUAGUAAAGCAGAGAUGGACUUGAAGGAGCUUAGUGAGACUGUGCAGCAGCAGCAGCAGCAGGGGGCGUCGCCUAUCCUAACCUCACCCAAGAGACAAAUCAGAAGUCGGUUUCAGCUCAACUUGGACAAAACCAUAGAAAGCUGCAAGGCCCAGUUAGGCAUAGAUGAGAUAUCUGAGGAUGUGUACAAGGGAGUUGAACACAGUGAUUCCGAGGACUCUGACAAAUCAGAGUUUAGCGACAGUGAGUAUGCUAGUGAUGAGGAGCAGAAGGUUAAAGAGAGCCAGGACACCAUGGUUGCUGAGAAGUGUGAGAAGAAGCGAGCAGUCAAGGACCAACAAUCUCCCAGCCAAGACAAGGAGUGCAAGCCUGAAGGCUUAGCCGCAGUAACAUCCACCAUGGGGGAUACAGUAGCACCAGCUAUUGUCACAGAACCCUCAUCUAAAGAAAAACAGAGCAUAGACUUAGAUAAAGAUCCAGUAGAGAAAUCCAAAGCUGCUCCACCCAUUCUUGUCCCCAGAGAAAAGCUCCAAGUGAAGGAAGAAGUCAGGCAGCCCGCACCUGUGGAGGACUCAGACUCUGAGAGGGAGCUGGUGAUCGAUCUGGGGGAGGACCAGGGAGGCAAGGAGAGGAAGAGAAACAGGAAAGACACUACUGCUGCUAAAGACCCUCCAGCCAUUAAAACUGAGGGUAAAAUUGCCACCCCUGUAAGUGCCCUUACCUCGUCCCAAAACAAUGCAAGCCCCUCUGCAUCAUCCAGUGUCAAAGAGUCUUUUCAGUCUUCUAUGGCCAUACCCCUCAACAUGGUCUCCUUCACGACUACUGCUCCCACUACCAUCAGCCCGGCCACCCUUCUCAACACAACCCUAACUACAACUCCAGCCCCCUCCAACUCCACCACCACAGCAGUGAAGAAACAGCGCCCCCUGCUGCCUAGGGAGACAGUCCCUGUGGUCCAAAGGGCUGUGGUAUGGAGCCCAACCACCAAGUUCCAGACUUCCUCACAGAAAUGGCAUAUGCAGAAAGUGCAGCGGCAGCAGCAGAACCAGACGCCAGCUACUACACCUGUGCAGACACCAGUGCUGGGGCAAGUGCCGGCGAGCCAACUGCAGGCACAAACCUUGCCCCCAACCCAAGCCACUGGAACAACACCAUCAUUAUCAGUUUCAGUCCAGCAGCCAUCACAAAGCAUGCGUUAUCAGACCCGACAGGCUGUGAAAGCUGUCCAGCAGAAGGACAAUCCACUCAGUACAUCCACCUCGGCAGUUACCCUGGUUACCAGUAGCCCAGCCUCUGUGGCUAUAAUGGCAGUCCCAGGGUCAGGUACACCUGCCUCCUCUUCCUCUUCCCCUGUGACUGGAGACUUCCAGAUCCCCACUACCUCUGCAGAUGUAGCAUCAGACAUUGCCAAGUAUACUAACAAAAUAAUGGAUGCAAUUAAAGGGACAGUGACUGAGAUCUACAAUGACCUGUCCAAAAGCACUUCAGGGAACACAAUAGCAGAGAUUAGACGGCUGAGAAUUGAAAUUGAAAAACUACAGUGGUUACAUCAGCAGGAGUUGUCUGAAAUGAAGCACAAUUUAGAGUUGACAAUGGCAGAAAUGAGGCAGAGUCUUGAGCAGGAGGGGGAGCGUUUGGUGGCAGAGGUGAAGAAGCAGAUGGAGGUAGAAAAACAGCAGGCUGUGGAUGAGACCAAGAAGAAGCAGUGGUGUGCCAACUGCAGGAAAGAGGCCAUCUUCUACUGCUGCUGGAACACCAGCUACUGUGACUAUCCCUGUCAGCAAGCCCAUUGGCCUGAACACAUGAAGUCAUGCACUCAGUCAGCAACAGCCCCGCAACAGGACCCUGAGUCUGAGUCCACAGCCAACACUUCAAACAAAGGAGGACAGUCAAGCAGUGGGCAGACCUCUCCCAAAGAAAAGCAGGCAAGUGCACCUACAGAUAGAGACUCUGACAUGGAAAAGAGCAAAGACAAUGUCACUGUUAGUCUUUCCUAACCCCCAAUUCUCUACCCCAACACUGAGAAGCUGCACUUGAAUUGUAAUAUAGAACUAUAGACACCUUCUUCACUACAUGGAUCAGUUCCUGUAGCAUUACUACUAAACUGCUGCUCUGAAGGAAUUCAAAAUGUUUUUUUAUUCUUUGUUUUUCUUUAAGUUUCUCACAGAUAACCUGAACCUCUUCUCCUUUAAUUACUGUCAUUGUUUCCCCCAUUACCUGUAUGAUCUGACUCUCUGCAAACUACAGAUAAAAAAACAACACAUGUAUCUGUCUCGUCUGGUAACACUUAGAAAUAAUUUAAGUGUGGCAAAGUAUAUAGAGAUGGCCUUACAUGGCAAAAAAACAGGCAUCAAUAGCUGAUCUGUAUAUAAAAGUUUAUCUUGUGCUGUUUGUCCUUUUAUGAUGAACACAACUGUUUUUGGUACUAUGUAACAUAGUUACAGUUUGAUAUAAAGACUGAUGAAUAAGAAAUCUAAUUGUGAUGGACCAGAGAAGAUGGCUUCAGAUGAAUGUUGCCUCAAAUGUCUGUGAAUUGCCUUGAUCAUUUUGUAAGUUAAUUUAUUUAUGAUUCUACUGAUGUGUUCAAUUCUAUUUAGAAUGUUGUCCUCAAUCUCUCCCGAAUCACAAUUCAAUUAGGUUUCCAGUGCCUGUAUGACUGGGUAUCAACCCUUGAUGUCUUUACCAUUUCAUUUUACAUUAGUGGCAUUGUAAAAUGAAUUCAUAAUUUAGCAACAGCAACAAAAAAGAUUAUAUAUAUAUAAUAUAUAUAUAGCCUAUAUUUGUGUGUUCUGUAUAUUUUUUUGUAUGGGCAGUAAAUAAGGAAUACAAAGCACAAAAAUAGAACAAUGGUGCUAAAAAAAAAUCAAAGUGGUCUUUGUAGGCUUCCUUAUUAUGUUCCUGCCAUAUAUAAUUAUUAGCCCGGACAGAACCAGUUAAAAGACUACAAAACUAUCCAAGCUAAUAAAUAAUAUACAUACAAAAAACAUACUAUUGUAAACUGGAAUGAUUGCUUUUCCCUGUUCUGUAUAGAAAGUUGAACCCAUAUAUUUCUUGUUGACCAGCAUUUAAGUCUGUUUAGCCUAUAUUCUGAACAAAAAUAAAACGUUUUGGUCUUGUAACCAA